GAAAGUUGUCUUAAAAAUUGUAUUUCUGCAUUAUUUUCUAUAAGAAAUGGCAGAUAUGGCCUCAGAAAUACCUAUAAACAUCGAAGAUAGUGUUAAGGAAACUAUACAAAAUGUAACUGAGAAGCCUCCUUCAAGUAUUGAAGGGAUUGCGAUUGCAUAUUUAAGUUUAGUGAUAAUGGCUAUUUUACCUAUAUUUUUCGGUUCAUUUCGAUCGGUGAAAUAUCUAAACGAGCAAAAGAAAGCAGGAGAGCGUCAUGAAACAAUGUCCAACAAAGAUGCUCUGAUGUUCCCGUUGGUUGCAUCAUGUGCUCUUUUCGGACUAUAUAUUUUCUUCCAAUUCUUCUCAAAGGAGUAUAUCAAUCUGCUACUAACUGGCUACUUCUUCUUCCUUGGAGUUCUAGCAUUGAGUCAUCUGCUUAGUCCGAUCAUCUCGUUCCUGGUACCAGCUUCGAUACCAAACAUUCCGUUCCAUAUUCAUUUCACCCGUGGUGAGAGAGACAACAAACAGGAUAUCAUCAAUUACAAGUUCACAUCCUAUGAUGUGAUUUGUUUGCUCAUCUCGCUCUGUCUUGGAGCUUGGUACUUGCUUAAAAAGCACUGGAUCGCCAAUAAUCUGUUCGGUAUAGCGUUCGCCAUCAACGGUGUGGAGCUUCUGCAUCUGAACAACGUGGUGACCGGCUGCAUCCUACUCUGCGGACUAUUCCUGUACGACAUCUUCUGGGUGUUCGGUACCAACGUCAUGGUGACCGUCGCCAAGAGCUUCGAGGCUCCUAUCAAACUGGUGUUUCCUCAAGAUUUGCUGGUAAACGGUUUGAACGCGAGCAACUUUGCCAUGCUGGGGCUGGGUGACAUCGUGGUGCCCGGCAUCUUCAUAGCUCUCCUGUUGCGCUUCGAUAAGAGCCUCAAACGGAACUCUGAGUUUUACUUCAGGGCUACGUUCAGCGCGUACAUCCUGGGCCUGUUGGCGACCAUCCUGGUGAUGCACGUGUUCAAGCACGCGCAGCCCGCGCUGCUGUACCUCGUGCCCGCCUGCCUCGCCACCCCGCUCGCCCUGGCGCUCCUCCGCGGGGACCUGCCCGCGCUCUUCAAGUACGAGGACCAGCCGGCGGAGCCCGAAGCCGACAAGUCUAAGAAGUCCGAAUAAAGUUCGCCCGUUAGCGAGAAGCACAACAAAAGCGCACGAUACAUACACAACUUUAUCCAUAUUUUUGUAUAGUCGCUCCGUCCUUGUCGCACGCUAACAUUCAUCCAUACGUACGAGAGGGACGGGUCAUUUCAAAUUAUGUAUGUACGUAUUGUACGAAAUCUAACUUAACCUCGUGGGGGUGCAUUUUACUCAAAGCGGCGUCUGACAUUCGCCGAAUCGGCUGUUUCAAUAAUAUGACAACUAGAUGACA